CGUUCGUUCCACUCUAUUUCUCUCUCUAUUCUACCAACCCAUCCAUCCAUCCAUCCAUCCCUUGUCUUGUUGUUUAUUCAUUCAUCUCACCAAACCAAACCCUCUUUCUUCCUUGAUUUCCGAUUCCCAAUUAUAAUUCUACCAACCUUCUUCUCUUCUUCAAAACCCCUCAACUAAUUUUCAGAUUCAGUACUUGCAUAAUGGCAUUUUCAGUUUGUAAGACAAUUCCGUUCACUUCUUCUUCAUCUUUCUAUUAUAAUUACAACAACAGCAGCAGCAGCAGAAGAGUAGUAUUAGUAGUAGGAAGGAGAAGAAGCAGUGUUUUCAAGUGUGCUAUUGAACGAAGCAGUAGCGGCAGCAGCAGCAAUACCGAUGGAAAGAAAGUAGUAUCAAAUUCUAAUUAUGUUGUACCUCUUGAUGAUUCCUUUUCAUUCUCAUCUAAUUCAUCUUCUUGCAUAACUCGUCCUUUAGCUGAAAUUCUUAGAGACCUCAAUAAAAGAAUUCCUGAUACUCUCGUCAAACCUCCUCUAGAUCCAUCUCUCGAUUCAUCCUCCUCCUCCUCCGCUUCUUCAUCCACCUUCAUCCCCUGGUAUCAUGCCAAUAGGAUGUUGAGCUUCUACGCCCCAGGUUGGUGUGGAGAGAUACGUGAUGUUAUUUUCUCUGAUAAUGGAACUGUAACCGUUGUAUACCGUCUUACUGUCCGCGGAUCUGAUGGAGAGGCCUAUCGUGAGUCAACCGGCACAAUAUCAACUACCGAUGGCUCCAUUAGUGAUCCAGUUUCAGCAGCAGAGGAAAAUGCUUUCUGUAAAGCAUGUGCUCGGUUUGGUCUUGGCUUGUAUUUGUAUCAUGAUGAUCAAACAACCAGUUUGUAAGCACCUAUAUUUUGUUUGGUUUGCUGUGUCUAGUUGAUAUAAAUACAAGUGGGGAAAACGUGGAGGUUAGACUCUGGACAAGUACUGUUGUGGAAAACUAGCAGUCAUAUCUUUGUUUUGUGCGAAUGCAAAUGCUUAUUUGAAAGUUAGGGUGGCCUAAGAUUUAAAUUGAUGUGGAAAUGAACACUUUCAUCAUGCUUUUCCAUAUGUUUUGAAUCCAUGCAGGUUUUGGAAUAGAGGGAUGAUAUCUGAAUAUGUAAGAUCUAGGAAUUGGUUUUGGAUAAACAAUAUAAUUAACUCUCUUUAUGUUUUAA